AUGGCUGAGAUCCGCUUCGCCGAGUUCUUCGUGUCACAGCUCCUAGGCAAGCGUCGUGCAGAUCUUGACCUGCAUCAUCUGAAAUCGUAUGAUCCGGCUAUAUACAAACAUCUGAAGAAUCUCCGCAGCUUAACAGCUGAUGAACUUGCAGCUUUAGAACUCGACUUCAGUGUAAUCGUAGACGAUGUUGGUGACGUGCAGAGCGUAGACCUCGUAUCUGGUGGCCGAAAUAUUCGUGUGACAGUCGACAAUCGCCUGGAAUACAUACGAGCCUAUGUAAACUUCUUCCUCUUCAAACGGAUUGAACCGCUGGUGGAUGCGAUGCGAGCCGGCUUAUCGACUGUGAUUGAUCCUGGCUGGUUAGCAAUGUUCUCGCCAUCGGAGCUGCAGACCUUGGUCAGUGGUGCCGACGCUGACUUGGACGUUGACGAUAUGAUGAAGCACUGUGCUGUACACAACAUUCGAGGCAAGCUUACUUACGAAGCCGAUCGCAACUACAUGGAUUUAUUCUGGAGUGUCGUUGGCGAGAUGUCAGCGGAAGAUAAGCGUGGUUUGCUCAAGUAA